AUGAAGCCAACCAAGCAUUUUUGCUGCACCAUUUGCCAGCGGGGUUUCACACGUAUUGAUCAUCUGAAGCGACACCACUUACGUCACUCCGGCUUGAAGCCGUAUUCUUGUGUCUUUUGCAGCGAAUCCUUUGCCCGCUGUGAUAACCUGCGUGAUCACUACGCAGACUGUGCCAAACGUGGCGACCAGGAAAUUCCCGAGACAGGCCAGCGAGGUAGGAGACGACAUGCAUGCCAAUCAUGUACUUCGAUGAAACUCCGCUGUGAUGGACAAACUCCAUGCGGAUCUUGCGUCAAGAGACAUCUUGAGUGCAUUCAAGAUCGCAAGGCGACGACUGCUAGUCCGGGGGCCGUAUCAGACACGUCUUCCAUGAAGCACGAAGACUAUGAUCGACCUUCAGAUAGAGGUUCUAUCAAGUUCCUCCUCAAUGGUGGUACCGACAGUUUCACAGAGGACUUCCUCCUCCCGCCGCGGAGUGAUAGGACCCGGGGCCUUGAGUACCACCACCAGAAAGAAGAAGCUGAGACUGCGGAGAGCUCAAUGCUGGCGUUGGAAUCAAAGGGAGACCUAGCAGAAUUUGCACCAACUUCGUUCACCGAUUUCGAUACAAACGGCCUCUCUUUUUUCCAGGAUACUUUUCUUGACUUCUUCAACGGGCCUUUCGGGGACGCUCACAAAUCAACGGUCGAUCCAUAUAGUGGAGGAAUGAUGGACUACUCGCCAGCUAUUCCCAUGAGCCAUGACCCGAACUUGGCAUUUUCUGGGCAACAACAGCUCCAGCCCGAAAAGCCAUAUGCGACUGCCUUAAUCCAAGCUAUUCUGUCACGAUCCUGGUCCGUGCCGCUUGAUGCAAAGGUACACGAGGAGAUAUCAACAAAUCUCACUUUCCUACUGACAACCACGCGCAUUCGGAAAUUUGUGGCUCUUUAUUUCAAGUACUGGCAUGCAAACUGCACGAUAAUCCACGUCCCGUCUUUCGAUCCUGAUACCGUUGCAUUGCCUCUCCUCACAUCCGUUGUAUUUAUGGGCGCGAUGUACACGACGGAUGAGCGAGAACGAUACGCAGCAAAAAGACUACUUGAUUUUGCAGAGCUCUACGUUUUCUCUAGCGACAUUUUCUCAUGUGAAUACGAAGUAGCUGCGACUAUCUGCGGCAGUCGAAAUAUUGACAACGAAACCCAUGACUGGCCUCAAUUUCAAAAUUUCCAGGCUGGGUUUCUAAUGGUGGUCGCGCAAUAUUGGGCUGGGGGCUCAGUAUCGAGCAGUCGCGCUAUGGAGAAUCGGUUUAGUGAAGUCGUCAAAGUUGCACGUCGAAUAGGCCUAGUGAGGUUUAAACAUACCCCAGAAGAUGGUGUGGAUGAAACAAUGUGGAUUCAGAAUGAAUGUCGCAUCCGUAAUAUGAAUAUUGUUUCCCUUCUUGAUUGUGCCUUUUCGUUCUAUCAGAAUUAUCCUUGUCGCCUUUCUCACACAGAAUUGGGCUGGGAUUUUGCUUGUUUUGACUCGGUUUUCGCCUCCGAGCAUCCAUUUGCAGAACCAAAUUUCCAAGUCUCACGGGGAAUCGCCAUUCGCGACGCAUUCCAUGCACUAUUUGAAGAUGCCAGCGGACAAGGCUCUCCUGUUCCCUUGCCUUCUUCAAAUCCCAUUUCAAGUCUGACGGUAUUCGACAUGUUUGUUUUAAUUCAUGUACUUUACGCCUUUAUCAACACGCACAUGACUUGUCUAGCGCCUCUUAUUCGAACAAAACCUUCUGUUUCUGCGACGAGUUCAGGGAAGAGGCGACAAUCUGUUAUUCAGAACGACCCGACUUUGACACCCAUCCGUACGGCAUUAACGCGGUGGCGGGAUCAUUGGUUAACACUCCGCAACACCAUAUCUAGUCAUGAAUGGGCUUCUAUGGGUUUCUUCAAAAAUGGAUAUAAUUUCUGGCUUGUCUCUCACCUUUUGACCACCAAGAAAGAAAGCGUGGAUGUCGUCAUGAAGAUGGAAGUACGGUGCGAGGAUAAGCUGGAGAAACUCAAAGUUCUCCUGAAAGAUGAGAAUGAUUAA